AGCUCGACGCAAAAUGGACGCCUAACUUUUGACUUUCUGUUUCUUUUUCGGUUUCUCGGUCGCAGCUCGACGAAGCCGUAGUCUGUUAAACAGGCAGCGCGUUGUCGAAUGAAUCCGAAUUCCUGUGGUAAUUCUUAUCCGUUACAAAACGGUUUCUCGAACCGAUUCGCUCUCGGUCCUUCGUUUCCACAGCCCAACCUUUGGCUGUCUUUAUGUGGAUUCGCUUCCUGGUUGCAACACAGUCACACACACAGUAACGCACACUAAGUCCCGAAAAACGCAGUUCACGGGGGACCGGUCGUCGAGCUAAAACAUACACGUACAGCUUUAAAUGCGCGUUUCUUGACUAUUUUUACCAAUUUUGUUAAUUUGUGUUAGUGGAAUGUUGUGAGCCGUGGACCCGAAAUAUCUAAUAUAUCAACAUCAAAGCACAAACGACGGACACAUGCCUCGUCUUCAUGGAUAAUGCGACUACACAAUCCAAAGAAGCUCUUCUAGAGCCGGUGCUUCCAGGCUCAGUGACCUUUAAUGAGAACAUUCUUACUCCACUUCAAAAGAACUAUUUGUAUAAAGAGUCCAAGGAGUGUUUCACAUACAAAUCUGCCAUUUUGAUCAACAAUGCUGCUCUACAAAAACGGUAUGCUGCCUAUCGUGCUCAGAAGCGAGAAAAGGGAUAUUCUGAACAGGAACUUGAGGAGUCGUAUGGCUUUCUGCUUUUUGAUGAAAUAGACAAGGCCAAGAAAGUUGGCGAAACAGGCUUACUGGUUGGACAACCAAAGUGCACUACUCUUGGAGACUCCUCGAAAGGUGUCUACAUUUCAAAAUACUCUGACUGCCUCGAUCUGAAGCGUUGGUAUAAUGGCAAGACUGGCUAUAUAGUCCUUGUGAAGCUAACAAAGGGCAGAAUUAAAGAGGUUACUGAUAACUACACCCAGAAUUUCACUCCUCCGAAUCCCGGGUUCGACUGCCAUGUAUCGGAGCAGCUAGGUGCUGUGACUUCAACUACUAGUUCUUUCUUGGCAUUUGAGCGAACACAGUACUACUUGUAUGAACUUGUUGGAAGCGGUAAAAUAGAAUCGUGUCCAAGACAAGCUUGUCCGUUAGCCAUCGUGGCAUUCUCAUAUGGGGAAUCUGCUGCCAACUCAGGGUUGGAGGAACAGAGCCAAGUAAAAAAAGUGUUUCGCUACAAACCAUGGAUCGGACAGUUGAAGAUUGAAUCAACUGUUUAUGACGUUGGUCUUCAGUCUGUCAGUGGAGCCUGGUUCCCAGCAAAACUCCCCAAGAUGGUUAAAAUUGACCGUGCAAUUGGUGUGUCUGAGCUGAAAAGGACUUUACCCCGGGAAAUUUUUGAAACCUGCCUUGUUGGUGAAGUUUGUAUAGAUGGCAGAUGUUUCAAUUUGUAUGACGUGGUUUCUUCGAAGGCUAAAAAUGACCUUGCGCAAAUAACCCAGGAGCUGAAGGAAAAAGACAUGGCUCUUGUUAUACCACUUGAUGAUUCUGGAUUCCUCAUAUUGUUACAUUCUUCUCACCUCUUCUCUUAUGAAGAUGCGAGAUCCGGAAAGGCAGCUGUGCUUCAAGGCAUGUUUAUUUUCCCAGACUCCAGAACUGUACCAAGAGAAACCAAGUGUGCACUGCCAAAAAACACAGUGUCAGCAGAUAUAAUCCAAGCCAUCCCGGCAAUUAACUAUGCAGAGACAGAGUUGGGAAAAUGUCUUCCGAACCAGCAGGGGGCCCCGCAUGCUACUUUAGAGAAGCAUCUGCAAAACUAUGCCACUCUUAUACAGCCAGGACUGUUAGACGCUCCCACCAGGGAAGCAAGUAUGUUUCCAGACCAAUAUGAUAUGCCUAGUGGUUUUACUUUGAUUUCUCCUAAAUGGUCACAGGAGACUGGAACGAGACUUAAGUCUUAUUUUGAGGAGCCGUGUGGCUUUACGGUUCCAGUAGUCAGGGCAUUGGAGUUACUGGCUGCUGGACGACAACAGCGCGGUGAUGAACAAGAUGAUGAUGUCUACUACUAUAUUUCAUCGCCUGAGGAAGUGGGCGCCAUGGAGGUAACAAAGCAAGCAGAGGCCAUCGGUGAUGGUCAAAGUACCUCUGGCAUGGCGCUUGAGAAGAAUGAAAAAGAUGCUAAUUUGUCUGCAGAGAAGUCUCUGCCUGCUUUGCAAGAGGGACUUGGAACAUUGGGAACCGCAGUAGUUACGUUCGCAAACAGUGAGCAUGAGUAUCCAACGUCUGCCUUGUCACCUAAGUUAGGUUACGUGUCUACAGAGAACUGUGUAAGUGUUGGUACCGAUGCUCAAGAAUGUUAUGCAACGGCAGUAUGUUUAACCACAAAGGAAGAAGGUGGUUGUUCUGCAGUAAGCGGCGGGGUAGAGGAUAUUAUACAACCUGAGAAAACAAUGGCUGAUAACAAAGUAGAUUGGAGGGCUCGUCCAAAGCGUAGUGGUAGGAAGCGCAAAAUGCAUUGGAAGGCUUUGCGAGUUAAAAAAGAAGUUCAAAAAGAGCUUACUUUACCUACCUCAAGUUUGGCGCUCAUUUUACCAGCGAACUCCUCUGAAUCCAUGAUUGAUAGAAAGGAAAAACCAGAGUUGGACUCUCCGACUGCUAAUGACAUUAAUCAGAGACAACAUUCAAGCAGCAGGGGCAGGGGACACAGGCGAAGAGGUGCAAGUCGAAACUUGAGUGCAAGAAGAAAAGAACAAGCCCCUUUGGAGAGCACAGCGGUCUCCACAAGCAUGCCAGCUAAAUCUAUACAUGACCAUGAUGAGAAAAUGGAUCCAGGGAGUCCCAAGAAACUAGACUGGCGGUCUUUGCCAAGGCGCAAACGGUUGUGGAAUACUGAUGGCAAUCUGAAACGUUGUUUGAGGUCGGAUGCGAUAAAAAACUUCAGUAAUGACUUGAUCAGUGAGGAGAAUUUUUCUAGGGGGCACAAGAGGAAGAUGGAAGGAUUUUGCUUGAAAGAUCGAUACGGUCUCAGGAACAUAGUGACAACAUGUGGUAGAGUCUUUGUCCCGCAUGGUUCAGAUGUCGCUAGUGGAGAUGUAGAUGCAUCCAACAUGUGUGUUGAGACAAGCAUUGACACAAAUGCAGAAGUGAUUUCUCCUGUGGAGAACAAACCCACAAAAAUAGUUGAAAGUAAUGAAGCAUCUCCCUCUAAAGUUCCAGUGGUCAAUGAAGAUCAAGUCAUGUCUGAGAGUCCUUCAAAAGACAACCUAACGGUUCCGAUAGUUCAACCAAUAACAACUGUAGGCAAACAUAACAAAAUUACCCCAUCAGUAAUAGACAAAAGUCAACAGCCCACAACGUCUGCAUCGAAUGAGGCUGAAAGUCUCCAGGACCCCAACAAAGAUCAUACCAUUACUGCUCAAGCAGAUGAAACCACAAGUCCUCCCAGAGUUCCUGACCAAUCCACGUCCACUUUCUCUAAAGCUGCCUCUCCUGAGAGAACCAAAAAGAAAGAAAAACGUUCUGUCUACAGUGCAAUAUCUAUAAGUAAACUAAAGACGGUGCUCAGAAGGGGAAGACUGUCUAAAUCUCCUUCCUCAGGUGGGGAUGGCAUAUCUCAACCAGAGCUGGAGUCCAAAAAAGAAAAGUCUGAAAACAUCAUGGAUAAUAUAAGUAAAAAACCAUUGAAAGACAAAGGAUUACAAUCUGUAAGUGAUGAGGAACAGCCUUUCUUAUUUUCACAUGGCAGCCAAGAGCGAAUGACAACCCAACCUGUGGCGUGGAAAGGUCUUAUUCCCAAGGCCUCAAACGAAAAUGGGCCCCCUAAUUUUCACACAUCAGUCCCUUUCAAAAUAUUUAAACAAGCAGACGAACAACUCAUGUCCUCGCUUAUUGGGGAAGGGGUGGGCAGGUUUAGCUCCCAUGCUAAGGCCAGUACAGACAAACUGACAGUGGGUGCGACCCUGCCCUCAGACGCUCUGAGUUUACUUGCUGAUUUGGCCCUCGGUGCAAGUAGCAAUAAAAUUUUAAUAUCUGGCCCAGCAACACCUGCUGAAGGCAAGGCCAGUGGCUCUCCAGGGUCCGUCCUACACGCUCUACUGCAGUGUCCAUCCACCAGGUUUAAAUUACCUCCCAGGUCUCCUUUCCCAGAGGGUCUCAUGGUGACUGGGGAAUUGCUUGUGGAAAUAUCAAAAGAGCAUUCUUACUCACAGCCCACCUCUCUGCUGUCAGGUUUGUCAGGUACGUGCCCACAGGUGUACUCUCCAUCUGUUGAAUCUUCUCUGUCCUUGGAGACUGGACUACAUCUGAACCUGCCCGUGGACGCUACCAUCCCAUUUAAUCAGAAAGAAGGUGUCAAAACGGAAUGGAAAAGUAUGAUUCCUCCAAAUGGGGCUUUGGCGUCCAACUCAAAGACGAAAAUGCGAAGGUCAAAUAUUUUCCAGGAUAGACAUGUAUAUGAAAAGAAAGGAUCGAUUCAAGUGAUGAGGGUUUGGAGAGAAACGUAUGAGUUUAAAUACGACAGCAAGUUCACCAACGACAGUUUAGACCAAACUGUCAUGCGUGCACUUCAUGGCAAAUGGAACUUUGACAUCGAAGGCACCCCUGAGGAGGUCCAUCUCAUUUUCCACAUGUGGAUUGGUCUUUUCUAUAGUAAAUCCGCCUCCAGGUUAUUUCACCUCGAAAAUAUUGCCGCGCUGUCGAAGGAGAAAGACAACCUGGACGUCAAGGAUAAACAGGAUGUAGAUCUUAUGCAGACUUGUGUGUCAUCGGUUAAUGUCAAUUUAAACCUGGAAGAGGACUCGCACAAGGCCUUGCAUCUGCAUUCAGGGAUUAUGGAUCUUUCUGUGAAAAACUGUGAGCCUAUGAAUCUCCAUUCGGGUUUGCAACAAAGCAAAGGAGAUGAUACGGUGUUACAUCCAGAAGUAGGAACUCAAAAAAUAGCACAAAAGAAUUCACCCUCAGGCCCCUCCAGUCCAAAAGUAACAGCAUUCCUGGAUCAUAGAUCAGCUGAGGAAAUACUGGUUGAAAAUGUGGCGUCUGACAAAGACGAUUGCAUUGAGGAUGAAAACGACAUCAUUGCUGAUUGCUCAUACACUCAGCUCUUAGAAGGAAACAGCGCGUACAGUCGAUUGUGUGAGCAAGCAUCAAAUAUCAAAAUAAGCAUGCAGCCGCAAACGCAGCUACAGAAAGUUCCACAUAUUUACAAAAAUGUCACACCCAUGAAAAUGGCUUCUCUUGUUCCCAAGGACAUUGGUGUCUUUCAUCGAGUAAUUAAACCGUCAGCAUUCUCCAAAUGUUACGGUUUCGUUUUAAAUAGAAAAAGUUUUAAUCUGUGCUUAAAAGAUAAAACCGAGAAUGCAGUGGCUGUAGCGCAAAAAGAAGAAGAUUUGUCUAAGCAUGUAGAGAGUGAUGCAUCUUAUAAGGGACAUGGAACCCAGGAUGGCCCAGUGUCUUUGGGAGAUGUUGAUAAGACCUUAGAGCCUACAAAUGCGGAUAGAUCGCCUACUUCGGUACAGAAAGAAAGUGCAUCUGAAACAAAAAUCGGUAAAGAAGACAGUCAGACAGAUGAAGACAGUGAGGAUGAAAUUCUGACGAUUGUGGAAGAAGGAAACGUGACAUUUGAAAGUUUGAGUGGAGACAAGUCCGGUGUAACGGAGCAUAAGAUCCAUCAUGAAGAUCUACACGAUCACACAGAUAAAUGUGACAGUCAUGUUGAUGAGCAGAAAGAAGAAUUAGUUGAAAAGCAAAAUGAGACCAUUAAUGCUAGAGAAGAUGACCCAAAUGUGGUCAACGCAUCACCAAGUUCUGUUCAAGAGACUGACACUGAAAUGCCAGUGAAGGAUACAGUCGAAAGAUGUGCAGCAGAGGAUGAAAUGGAAGAAGAUCAGAGUAAGUCAGAGGAAAGGAAUGAACAGGAUGGUGUUGACUCUGAAAGAAAAACAUUCACAGCAGCAGCCGAACAUCCCGAUGAGUUGGCUGUGGAUCUAAUGGACAAUACAGACUAUGUUGAUAUGGACAUCAGUGAUGAUGAUUCUGAUGCCAAUGCAGCGCUAGAUGUUUAUGAACUAAAUAUCCCUAGUGAUAAAUCAUUUGUUUCAGAGACUGUCAAUUCCGAUGUCAGGAUGGAAAAGAGCGAAACACAAACUGAGCAGCCAGAUGAGCCAAACCCUGGAGGUGAUGCACAUGAUGAAAUUGACGACAUUUCACAUUCAGGUGAUGUGACUUCAUCUUGUCAGCUAAUGUCUGUUGAAGAGAAAACCACUUCAGCUUCUAACGACGAUACUGUUGACGUAAUGCAAAGCGGAAGUGAAAACGUGUCGCUUGAGCAGAACAUUGAAGUACAAGAAGCACAUGAGUUGUGUGAGAGUGAACCAAAACCACCACACGAUACCGAAGCCAACAAAUUAGAAGUAAGUCAAGUACAUAAGGAAGAUGAUGUAGAAAAAGAUAAUGAGAGUCAAAUAUCAUAUUCUUGUGAAGACGAAGCUCAAGAUACACACCAGAAAUGCCAAUCUCCUAAAAUUUGCGCAUCAUCCCUGAAUAGCACUACUACCACCUGUGAAGAAACUGUUGCUCCUCAACCUUUGAAUAUAAUGUUAAACAGAAAGAUCAUUAGUACGUGUUCUACACCCACUCAAGACGAAGUUUUAUAUGAUCCUGAAGUAAGCGAAAAUGUCAAAGAUUUGAAAGAAGCUUCAGACAACAUUGAUCAUGACAUCACCGAGCGCUCCUCUUUAAGCCCUUGUUCCAACGUUCACACCAAAAUGUCACCCUCUGACUUUGUAGAAGAAUGUGAAGAAACCCCCUCUGAAGAGCUAGGGCAGAGGAAGAGCGUAUAUAAUUCACCCGGAGAAAAGCCAGACAUCCAGUUUAAGGAUAAACUCAGUCCCGUUUCCCAGCAAAAAGACGAGCAGGUUGUCAUCACAGAAAGCACACCUCAACAUGACUCUGAACUUUCAUACAGAGACUACGAUGUGGAAGAAACGCAUGGAUCUUAUCAUCCAUCCGAUGAAAAUUUACUAUGGACUUACCAUCAAACAGAUGGAUCAGAUAGUCAGCAUUUUGAUGAGGAUUAUACAUUUGAGGAAGAUUACAGUGAUUUCAGUUAUCCAGUGUACAAUCCAGAGGAUUCCUGUAAAGCGAAAAUGACAGAGAUGGGUAGUUAUAGUUGGACGAAAAAGAAUUAUAAAUCAGAAUCUGCUUUGGAUGAUGCAAACGGGAGAGGCGAUCGUGUCAGAUGUCGAACAAAGGUCACUUACGUUCCCCAUAAGGCCAUGGACAAUCUGGAGCUGGGGCAAAUUCCAGAAAAGAGGUCCAGAAAUGAAAAAUUCCAAGCGUGUCAAGGCACUGAGUGGAAUGAGGAAGAUUCGUUGAGUUGUACUGUAGACUACAGCAAUAGAAAAACGUCAUAUCACACAACAAAGCCAACUCGGACAGUCACUGUUAAUUCCCUUUUAGACAGUAAAAAAGGCAGACAGAGAUUUGACUGGCGCAGGUAUUUCAGAAGAGUGUCGACCUGGGAUGAUAGUGAUAGUGAAGAGAGAAACAAAUUCAAUGUCCCUCCCUCAUCCAUCGUCACCGUUUUGGACAAGGAAGGGAGCAGAGUUACAUUAAAUAAUUCCCUCGCCGUGAAACCAGCUGUAGACUCCAACAGAAUGACUACCAGGCCUGAAGACCCGUCGAACAACUGCCAAGACCGACCAAGCAAGGUUGACUUGAUUCAAUCUGCUGUUGAUCUAGAAUACCUCAUCUUCUCUGAACGACUCAAUUGUAUUCUCAAGGAGGGUAGAACUUCUCUCCGUUCACUUCGCCGUAGGUCAGAUACUGAACACGGUACGUUUCCAAUGACCGUUCGGUAUUCGAAUGUAAAUGUAGAGAGCUCAAACGAUGUACGGAAACCAUCACUCACAGAUUUGAGAAUCAAAGUUGACUUGUCAGACAGGAAAGGAAGAAAGAGAAAACGAAAACGAAAACAUUUGAGUGAAACUGGAAGUGAAACGACGGAACACGAGUCCUGGAUGAAUGACGUCUGGACUGACAGAACUGUUCCUCGACAAACAGAGGCGAUGAAAAAGAAAUGGGAUCAAGACAGCCAACAGCCUGGAUUCUCUGGGAGUCACAGAAUAGACGCGUUUGACAAUCUGCACGACAAUCUCAGUUUUACUGUGAAGCAAAAAUGCAACGUUAAGUAUAGGUUCUAUAUCCUUGUUACGUCAGCAGACACAUUCUUCGAAGAAACCAGGAAUCUGUUGAUGAUGGAGGGUCACAUACCUGUUGAGCCCGAAGAGUUUGACCUCAGUGACAGCAGUCAAACCCCUCUUCUCAUUGUAUUGAGGAAUGAGGAUAUAGCAGAACACAUAAGCGAGGUGCCUUAUUUGCUGGAACUAAAGAAGUCGUCUUAUGUCCUGUUUGCUGGCAUUGAUCGACCAAAUGACGUGGUGAACUUCACUCACCAUGAGCUUUUUGCUUACGGCGGCUUUAUAGUGUUUGAUGAACUGGCUCUUGACACACUUACUCUAGACAACAUGAAAAAAGUUGUAGGGAUCUUGGAAGAACUGCACAAGAAAGGAAAAUGGAAAUGGUUUCUGCACUAUAAAGACAGCCGCAAACUUCGUGAAAGCGUGAGGUUUAGUCAAGAGGCAAGUAAGAAACAGCGCAUCAUAGAUUUCUGUCAAGAGGCUGGCAUUGUCGAAAUCUUGCCCUAUCAUGAAUGUGACAUCACAUCACAGGGCCAGCCAGACUACCUCUUUUGUCUGACCAAUCUCCAGAUUGAAAAGGAGUCAUUUCGGUUUCCUGUGUUUAUUACAGACAAGUCAUCUGAUGCUUUUGAAAAAAAUGGCAUUUUAACCAUGGACAUUUACACAUUCUCCCGGAUUCUUUCAGAAGACACUUCUUCUGUUUCCUAAAGUUUUAGUUUUUUCCUGAAAAUGUAUUGUUUUGUUUUUAACAAAAUCCAGUUAUUUACGAUUGGUAACUACACUUGUUAAUAGUAAUUAUUUAUUGAUCAUCAUAUAUAUCUUAAUUGAUCUCUUGUGUAUUUGUUUAUAAACAGUUUCUAAGGCUUCCAGUAAGAGGUCACAUCCGUUUAAAUAGUUUUUCUGAAAAGCAUGUACAAAUGUUGGUCAUUGAAAUGUUUUAAUGUUUUAACCUGACUUUAUGUUUUUAUAGAUCACAUUGACUGAAACUCUAAUAAAGGAGUUGAUUUUG